AUGGAAGAUGACUGUUUGGGCUCGCCGGUGCAUGCGCCUCUAUCGCUGCUGCAGCAGCUGCAGCAGCAACAGUCACAGCAGCAGCAACAGCAGCAGCAGCAACAGUCGCGUCUGUAUGCCCACCACCCUCGAAAGAAGGGAGCGAAGCACUGGAAUAGAACGCGACCAAAGAAGAGGCGGCCUUCUUCAAUAAACAGCAAACCAACGCCUUAUCAAAAAGACCCAACAGACUUUGUUAACGCCCCUCCGGAGUAUAUUGCCAUUCCCGAUGAGGAGGGUUUAAAGGCGUUACGUGCUGAGCCGCUGCAGCAGCUGUUGCUUCUGCUACAGCAGCAGCAGCAGGAGUGCACGAAGGACAGCCCUAGUUUGCUGCGGAUUCCUGCUCCCUGCAAUGUGCGGAUGCCGCGUUCGACAGCAGCGGCAGCAGCAGCAGUUGCUGCUGCUAUUGCUGCAGCAAGCCCGGAGGAAGCAGCAGCAGCAACUGCUGCCGCAACUGCUUCAGCGGCGCCCGCGCUAAAGGACGAAGCAGCUGCGUAUGCAGCAGCAUUGCGAUCUGCUGCUGAAGCUGCUGCAAAUGAAGGAGCUGCUGCCGUUGCUGCAGCAUUUCCUGAUGUAGCCCCAGGGGAAGGGAUUGCUACUGCUGCUGCUGCUGCUAUUGACACAGAAGCAGCACAGAAGCUGCAGCAGCUAUCAAAACAGCCGCAGCUCCAUCAACUGCUGCAGCAGCUGCAGCAGCUUGCAGAGACCAACAAUGAUGAACCAUUAAAGAAGAUCGCCGCCCAUCUUGCUGCAGCCGUUGCACCUUGCAAACCUCCUUCUCCUUCUCAGCUCAUCUUAGGCCCCCCAUACGAGGACGACCAAGGAGGAGCUGCAGCAGCACCUGCAACAACAGCAUCCGACACUGCAGGCUCAGGCUCAUCACCUGGCGCAGCCCCAUCAACAGCAGAAGUAGCAGAGGCAGCAGCAAAAGCAGCAGCAGCAGACCUUGCAUAUGGGCGAACUUUGCUGCGUCGUCGUCGUGGUUUGCUGCCUUCAUUUAAAGCCCUUAAAUUAUCACCUCUUAAUCGGUUUAAUCCGCUGCUGCUGCUGAAGACAUUAGAUAAACAAUGGCAGGCGCUGCAGCACAGACGAUAUAAAGGAUUAUUUAAAAGAAAACUUCAACAAACCCUUUCCCUCGCUCGAAGGCUGCAGGCCGAUGGGGUGUCUCCUCGUGUGCUGCUGGAGGAUGGCGCCUUUGACCGCUUUGGGCUUCUAAGAGAUAUACCGCAAACUUCCUUCGUUGAGUGUUACCUGCAUAGACACUCCAAACCAUGGAAGCCUCCUGAAGCAGCAGCAGCAGCUGCUGCUGCUGCUGCUGUGGCUGCCGCAAAAGCUGCUGCACCAAAUGACCGGCAGCAACACGAGGAAGUGCUGAAUGCUGCAUCUGCUGCUAGGGCCGCACUACUUGCUGCUGCCAUGCAACGGCUGCAGGAGUUAGGUUUGAUAACAGAUGAUGGGAAGCCUAAUUUGAUGGAGCUGCGGCGGAUGCAAGCGGCACUGCAGCAGCAGCAGCAGCUGCCGCGUGUGUUGUCGGUUGCAGAGCAGCAGGAGCUGCUGAAGCAGCAGCGGCUGCGUCCUCGCUCGCGUUUUACCCGUAUAGUUAAUCGAGUAACAACCCAUGCACGUGCUGCUGCAGCAAGUCUUAACUUUCCCGUACUUGGCCCUAAGCGCAACCGCAAAGCAGCAGCAGCGGCAGCAACUGCUGCUGCUGCUGCUGUCCCCAGCCUGGAAGAAUCAGAAGUCUUCACAUAUCCGUCCACAGUACUCCUUAGGGGACGUCCGUGGAGUGUCUCAAGUGAGCAGCAGCAGCACCAACAACAGCAGCAACAGCAGUUGGGUGGAAGCCAGAAGGAACCUUUGAGGGGACGGGCGUUGCGCGUAGCACAACGCAUGCAGAAGCUUCGCCUGAAGCAGCAACAAAUGCGGGAGCAGCAGCAGCAAGACCUCCAGGAAAGGCGGCGUUUGCUGCAGGUCGCAGCAGAAGCAGGAGGAGUCUUCGAUGUAUUGGCAGCAGCUGAUUACCCCAACUACAAACCUCUCGCAACAGCUGCAGAACUAGAGCUAUUUGUAGAGGCGGAGUACCGACGGCAUUCUUUAUUAAAGGACUUAAAGAAUGCUCUUAAAGAUGCGUUGCAGUCUGGCCCUGCAGCCUUUGACCAACCCCAACCAUCGGGUGCAGGCAAGUUUACAGCCUUCAUUGCAGAAUGGAUGAAGCUGUCGAAGCGCCGUCGUCGGCGGCUGCUGCUGCAGGAGCUGGAGGCGCAGCAGCUGCUGCAGCAGCAGCUGCAACGGCCGCAGCAAGGGCGCCGCCGCACGCGACGGCAGCAGCAAGAAGAACUUCUUGCAGAUCCUCGCCUUCUCCUUAGGCAGCUUCGGCACAAAUAUGACUUGGGGCUACUCCCACUGAAGCCACCUGCUGCUAGUGGCGGCAACAGCUGCUGCAGGAACUUCGCUGCAGAAUGA